AUGACCGAAGAUACCCACACAGAGCUGACAGAGAUGAGACAGGUACAGAAGGAAAUCUGUGCCCUCCUGGAGCAGCAGGUGAGGCCAGAUCCUUCACACACAGUCUACCUCCGCUGGGACCACGACAAACAGAAGCUGAAGAUGUUUGAGCUGCAGGUCCAUACAACUGGCUGGGUGGCAUUUGGAUUCAGCCCUCAUGGAGAGUUGCCUGGAUCUGACAUUGUGAUAGGAGAUGUCUUCUCAGAUGGGAGCAUCUACUUCUCUUUUGCUGUUCCAGCUGAAGAAACCAAGUAUGCCUGUACCUUUAUCUCACUGCCCACUGUCACGCAGAAACACCACAACUACAAGAGGCUUGAUCAACAGUUCAGGUACCAUACUCCAGAGCUAUGGAAAUAUGAUGUGAGGGUUCUGCAAACAGGCUUCUUCACCUUCCUUGUGCAUUUUGUUCCUCCUAGAGCAGAAUCCUACAGAUCUUAUGGCCUUUGCAAUUCCAGCCAGUUUGUUGAAAUGAACGGGAUGCUGGUUCCAGAUCUACAUGUCUUUGCCUACUUGCUUCACACCCACCUGUCUGGCAGAGGAGUGAAAGCUGCUCAGUAUCGGAACAGUGAGCAGCUGAGGACCAUCUGUGAGGACAGUAAGUAUGACUUCAGACUGCAGGAGAUUUGGGACAUGAAGGAAAUCAUCAUAAUCAAACCAGGGGGGGAUGAGAUCGCGGUCGAAUACAACUUUCAGACACUGGAUCAGUCAGGGAUUACUUCUGGUGGGCUAAACACCAUGAAUGAGAUGUGUCUGACAUUCCUCUUCUACUACCCUCGUAAAAACAUGUCAAGUUGUAUGGGCUACCCUGACGUUUCGUAUGCUGGACACAUAUUCAAGCAAGAGGCCUCGGAUGCAGUGGAAGGAAUAAUGGCCAUGAAUUUCGUUGACUGGGACAAUGACGCUGUCAAAAUUGCAGAGAAAGCAGCCAAGGAGGCAGAUCAAGUAGUCAUAAUUAAAAUCAUUAAUCCAGUUCCCAACCCACCUCACUGUACGAUCAUCCAGCCCACACUGCCUAAACUUGCCUGUGAGGAUGCCGUGGGAGACUGUGUCAAAAGCUUCGCUGAAGUCGAGGUAGACCACAUCCACUGCCCUUCCCUCAUCUAUAUGGCCGGUUAUGUCAUCAUAAAAGACUACCAAAUUGAUCAA